UCACGCACCCCCUUCCCCCGCUCCCCCGCAACCACACUCACACGCACUCACACCCACUCGCACUCACAGCCACGCUCUGACACGGAUCUCUCAGCUACCCACGCGCGCCCAUCAUGACCAAGGACGAGAAGAAACCUUUCGAACAGACUCUGGGCGAGUGGAAACGCUUCAUCUACAACCCGGGAAACGGCCAGAUCUUGGGGAGGACGGCGGAGAGCUGGGGUCUGAUCUUCCUCUUCUACUUGGCCUUCUAUGGCUUCCUCGCUGCGCUCUUCACAUUUACGAUGUGGGUCAUGCUUCAGACACUGAGUGAUGACAUCCCAAAGUACCGAGACCAGAUUUCCAGCCCAGGGCUCACAAUUGUUCCAAAACCACAUGGUGCAUUGGAGUUUUCUAUAAAUUCCUCUAAAACAUCAACCUAUGAAAACUAUGUCUCCGCCAUUACAAACUUCCUAAGAGCAUAUGAAAGAGAAAGACAAGAAUUUCACACACACUGUCGUAAUGGAACACUUUUUGAACAGGAUGACCUGUCUCCUAAAAGGGCAUGUAGAUUUCCUCUUGAGAUGCUUGAAACCUGCUCUGGAUUGCAAGAUACCUCUUAUGGCUAUCCUGAAGGAAAUCCUUGUAUUUUUGUGAAAAUGAAUAGAAUAAUUGGAUUAAGGCCCCAAGGAACACCCAGGAUAGCGUGCGCAGUUAAGGAAGGAAAAGAAGUACCGCUAGCAGUUUUCCCCCAAAAUGGAAGUAUUGACUUAAAGUAUUAUCCAUAUUACGGGAAAAAGUUGCAUGUGGACUAUCCACAGCCAUUAGUUGCUCUCCAGGUCAUGCUUCAUGCCCACAAUGAAGAAGUGUUGAUAGAAUGCAAGAUUGAAGGGUCGCCCAAUCUAAGAAACCAGGAUGAUCGUGACAAGUUCUUGGGACGAGUUGCCUUCAAAAUCUCAAUGGCUCAUUAGUAUGAGUAGAACAUCUCCACAAAGUAAACGUGUUGUCUAUCUUCAUGUUGUAUCAGCUGGACCUGCCAUUCUAGAAUAUGAAACCACCUUGGAGAAAUUUAGGGUGGUACAUGACGUUUGGGGUAGCAUAAUAAUGUGCUUCCAGAUCAUAAUGUUUAAUGUCCUCAAAGUAACUGCCUUUUGCCUUUGCCUGCCCCAUUGGACCAGUGUGCAGACAUAGACAUGUCAUAUUAGGGACCUGUAAAUAGCUGAUUCAAAACGUGUAAUAAUGGUGGUCUUGUCCUGUUCUAAUGUGGUUUUAUCUCCAAGUGUCUAUAAAGCUUAACGUGCUGUGCUAUGUAAAUAUUUUAUUGAUUUAACACUGGUUUAACUGUCAUUAUCUCAAUGCCAACACACCUUUAGGGAUCAAAUGAUUAAAAAACAAGAGGUACCCGACCAACCUAAAGUGAUUUACAACUCUGCAAGAAUUGUGCUGUGUGGAGACACCUUAAGUUCUGUGUGUGAGGAGGGAGAUAAAUAAAAGUGGAU